AGUUCUCCCUUGGGAUUGAGAUGGCUUACCCUGUGUCGGCAGCGUGUUACGUGGUGCUAGCUGCGGUGGUGGUCGUUUAUGCUCAGAGGCACAGCCAGCAGGAGUCCCACAUUCACUACGCACAGUUGGGGACGGACGUAGCGCUACAGUGUGGGUCUGUGGACAGGGACGCCGCGGUCACUUGGACGGCCAACAGUACCGACUUGGAUGCAUCCCAUCUCAACGGCUCCCGUCUCGUCCUCCGGAACGUGGACCUCUCCCACAGCGGGCAGUACUCCUGCUACGAGGGCUCCUCAUGGCAUCUCAAGUACCGGGUCAACCUCAAAGUAGGAAGUGAGUACAUGGCGCCGGGAAGUUCGUCCUCUUGCUCCUCUCUCUACCCCACCCCCUCUGCGUUUUGUAGCGACGCAGCAGCCCCUUUGCCACCGGCGUCAGCCGCUUCCCCUCGGAUCGAGAGCAGCCGCGUGGCCCUCCGUGAGCGCCCAGGGAAGCUCUCCUGGCCCCGCGUGGCACAAAUGGCCGAGCGGCCAAACCCGCCGCCUUUCGCGGGAUAG